CUUUGCUCUCGUCCGCAAAUUCCCCGAUCUGCCAUUAUUGUCAAAGGGCGUAGUGAUCACAGGGCGUGGUGAGGAGGAUUAGUGCUGGUAUAAGAUUGAGAUUUUCUCUCGAUUCCUUGGGCCUUUUUCCAUUACCCUCUCCGAAUCUCAGCUCAGGGAGAAUUCUCAAUUCCUACUACUUCUCAUUCCUUCCAACACCAACUCUACUUACAGCAUGGCCCCGCCUGCAGCAAUUGAAGUCAACGCCGUGACCGACACCACGGCCAUCACCCUCCCGGACCCGCUCAAGGCCCCCAUCCCCAAGAGCAACGACAUCUACGGCCGCCGCAGAAAAGCAGACAAGUCGCAAUGGGGCACCGCCGCCCCCGCCGACAGCGCCAACUUCCGUCAGGGCAACUACGACGACAAGCCCAUGGCUAGACGCUGGGACCACUACCUCUCCAACGAAGCCAGAACCCGCAAAGGCAACAACCUCAAAAAGGCCGCCCGCUUCCUCGGCACACCGGGCCUCAUCUCCCUGGGCGGCGGCCUCCCCUCGAGCGAAUACUUCCCCUUUGAGGAACUCUCCAUCAAAGUGCCUACCAUCGGCCACUUCUCCGAGGCCGAAACCCGCGAGUCCGGCGUCGUCAUUACGGCAGGGAAAAACGACCUCGCAAACGACAAGUCCAUCUUCGACAUCGCCACGGCCUUCAAUUAUGGCCAGGGCUGCGGUGCUGCGCAGUUGCUCCGGUGGAUCACCGAGCACACGGAACUGGUGCAUAGGCCCCCGUAUCAGGACUGGAGGUGCACGAUGAGUAUCGGGAGUACGUCGGGUCUGGACAUGGCGUUCCGCAUGCUCUCGCGCCCGGGCGACAUGGUCCUCUCCGAAGACUACACCUUCGCGGCCGCCGUCGAGACGGCUCUCCCCAUGGGUCUGCGACUCGCCGGCGUCCCCAUGGACGAGCAAGGUCUGCUCCCCGAGGCAAUGGACCACAUCCUUUCCACCUGGGACGUCUCCGCCCGCGGCGCCCGGAAACCGCACCUCCUGUACACUGUCCCUACUGGGCAGAACCCGACCGGCGCAACGCAGAGCGCCGAGCGGAGAAGGGAAAUCUACAAGGUCUGCCAGAAGCACGACAUUUACAUCAUCGAAGACGAGCCCUACUACUUCCUGCAAAUGGCGCCCUAUACCUCGUCUUCGGAACCCGAUCCACCGCAACCCUCCUCUCAUGCCGAGUUCCUCGCCUCCCUGGUCCCCAGCUUCCUCUCCCUCGACACCGACGGCCGCGUCAUGCGCCUCGACUCCUUCUCCAAGGUCAUCUCGCCCGGCAGCCGAAUCGGCUGGAUCACCGCGAGCCAGCAGAUCGUCGCGUGCUACCAGAAACACGCCGACCUCUCGACGCAGAACCCGUCGGGCAUGUCGCAGCUGAUUGUGUGGAAGCUGCUCGACGAGCACUGGGGCCACGCCGGCUACCUCGACUGGCUCAUCUUCAUCCGCAAGGAGUACACGCGCCGCCGCAACGUCAUCCUGGGCGCCUGCGAAAAGUACCUGCCGCGCGAGGUCGUGAGCUGGAAACCCCCCAUGGCGGGCAUGUUCCACUGGAUGCAGAUCGACUACACCAAGCACCCGGAUUACCGCACAAAGACCGUCGAGGAGAUUGAGGAGAGUAUCUUUAUGAGGUGUAUAGAGGAGGGCGCGCUCGUCAUGCGGGGCAGCUGGUUCUAUGCGGAUCCCGACGAGGAGCAUUCGACUAUGUUUUUCCGGGCGACGUAUGCGGCGGCUGAGGGGCAUAAGAUUGAGGAGGGGGUCAGGCGGGUGGGGAGGGCGGUGAGGAGGGAGUUUGGGUUGGAGGAAUAAAGGGGAGAUGAGAGUGGGGAGGGAGAUCUAGUGAGACGGGGAAAUAGAUUGUGUAUAGCUGUGGCGGCAUAUCUGACCUUACGAAUACCUAGAGUUACGGAAAAGGCAGGGAGCGCUUGGAUUUCAGGGCGAUGUGGGCGGCUUUUUAUGAUUUUCUAUGCAUGCAUGAGUGGAGUGAUUAGGGGACUGAAAUAAUUCAAAUACAUAUACGUU